AUGCCCCCACCAAGAUCCGCCAACACUUGCACGCAAUGUCGUGUUCGCAAGGUUAGAUGCGAUGGCGGCCCAGAGUCAUGCUCCAAUUGUGAGCGCUUAGGCUUUAGUUGUGCUUUUGCCACCACGUCUCCAAGCCAUCCAGAGCGUCGCCGCGGCUCUCGGGCUUGUGUCCAGUGUCGCAGUCAGAAGACCAGGUGCUCGGGCGAAUUACCCACAUGCGCGUCCUGUCGGCUGAGAGAUAAAGAUUGCUUGUAUCCGGAUAAUAGAAGGUCUAGUCGAGCUUCAAAAAGAUCUCCAAGUAUCAGCAACCAGUCCGCCCAUUCUGCCGCUGAAAGUUCCCCAAUACCUUCGCGGCUUCACCAAACAUCCCCUUCCAACUUGUCAACAGGCGAUGGGAGCUUCACAUUGUUAUACAAUGAAUCAGCCUUACCAGCGGUGUCUAAUCACCUCCCAGAGCCAUCGCCUCAACAAUCGACGUCUUGGAGAGGUUCUGUAUCCGACCCGAUUCCCAACCAAGUCGGUGAUGGAAAUCGCUCAAUGCCUUUACCACCUAUGCGGGAUCGCCUGCAAUUAGUUACGGACUUCUUCCGUCACAUAUACCCUCUGCCUUCGUAUGCGUUUUUAAAUGAUGUUUCAAUAACUCAACGCUGCCUUGACGGAAGUCUGGACGAGACCCUCCUUCUGGCCAUUUGUGCAAUAUCUUCAUUCCAUCUUCAGUACUCCAAGUACCACCCAGCUUCGACGUUAGCAUGGAUUCAGCGAGCCGAAGACAUAAUCUGGUCUCGAAUCGAGCAACCUACAAUCUUCAGAACUCAAGCACUUCUUCUAAUUGUUCAUUAUAGAAUUGACACUGGAUCAUUUCAGCGUGCUUACAUGUUGUUCGGUAUCGCUGGCCGUGCAGCCAGUGCUUUGAGGUUGCAGUACGAGAGGAUCGAUCUUGGGCCCGUAGCGCAAGAGAUUCGCCGAAGAAUGAUGUGGUGCAUGAUGCUGAUCAAUUGUCGGUUCUCUAUUGGGCUUCCAGAGUCAGAGGUUUGCUCGCCUGAUCUCAUCUAUCUCAAAAUGCCAUGUGGCGAGGAGCAGUUUCACGCCGAUAAUGAUUCAGUUGUUGGCGAUGACCCCUCAACUUUGGAUGGGAUAUCCGAAAACGGACUCCUCGCAACUCAUAUAAGCGAGACAAUGAUAUUACGCGACAUCAUGAGGCUGACGAGACAAGUCCGUCUUUCAUCCCAGCCUAUGCCACAACUUCCCGAUCUGGUCGACGAAUUUGUCAAAAUGCUACAACAACUGCAGGUUCCGCCUUAUAGCUAUGAGGAACUGAAACGAUACGCAUCGUCGAGAUGGCUUACUCGAUAUCUGACGGUACAUCUAACUUGGCACCAAACACACUGCGAUGCGUACAGGCUAUUUCUAUCAGGCUACCGUGAAGCAGCUUCCGAGGCUGUACUGGCAUCCUGCUCACCAGCACAUAUCACCGCAGGUGCCAGACUUUGUCUUCAUCAUGCUCGGGCGAAUAUUACUAUCCUGAAGGACUUCUCAAUGCUUGGAGAUGUGUUACGGCUAUCGCACCAUACAGUGGCCAUCUGCGCGUACCACGCGUGCCGCCUUAUCCUCUUCCUGAGCAGCUCUCCAUUGAUCCCCUCCGAAUCCAACCUCACACCACAAGAAGCAUUCAACCAAGCUUCUCAGAUCCUGGAGUUGCUGAAACGGUUGUACAAGCACUCAGCUGUAGAACAGCAUAUUAUCAAGGAUCUGGAGUCUUUGAUCCAAUUGCACAUGGCUGGUAAGACUGAUGACCGACAAGAAUCGCCUGAACAAGGUAAUGGCGAUAGUCAACAACCCCGCUUCGCUGUAACGGUUCGCAAGCACAAAAGUCUGGGGGUGCAUAGCGUGCUACGACGAGCGGGCUUUGAUGACGAUAGUGCGGAGGCUGGGGUACCAUCCGGGCAAGCUUUACCCCAGGUUCAAUCAAGUGUCACAGGACCAGAGUUGCUCCGAGGAUCACACGAGAUGGAAACUCGGCAACCCGAAAUUGGCUCAACAAGCGAUGGUCACCUAGCAUUGGACAUCCUGAUGCAAGCCGCGAUGGGACCUAGUCCAGGUCCGCCAUUGACCAACAUUCCAAUCGAGCCUUUUAGUCUCGGUCCUUGGGAUGCACUAAAUGAGUGGCCAUACCAAGGUACUUUUUCGCCGAGAUCCGAUGCGGAUUAUUUUUGA